AUGGCCGCGCCUCCAGACCCGAUCUACUCCUUCCGAGGAAACCAAAGCCAAGUCCACUGUCUGAAUUUCCUCCUCAAAGCAGGCUCUGAAAAACUAAUAUCGGGCACCAGGACUGGCCACGUUUUUGUGUGGGACUUGCCAACAAAAAGUUUGAGUGACUCUUUUCUAACCGGCGACGGCACUUGCAUCUCGGUUCUCGUGCCUGACAAACAGGAUUAUUUCCUCACGCACAACAGGAGCGAUUGUGUGAAAAAGUGGACUGACUGGAAGUGCACACUUGAGUUUAAAACCAAAUGUCUGCAGUACUGCGCGGCCAAACUGCUGCAGGCGCCUGCCUCGAGGGCCCAACUCGUCGCUUUUCCUGGAGGAGAGGAACGGAGCAUUCAGGUCGCCAGCUUUGAGCAAGAAGAACGCGUGGUCAGCCAGAUGAAUUACCCUGGCAGUGCUGGAAACAUCAUGUCUCUGUCUGACGCUGGGGCAGGACGAGUGUUGGCGCUUUUUGAAGCUGGUGACCUGUUGCUGUGGGAUUUGAGGAACCCAGGGAAACCUCAGGGUGCUUUCAGAAUUGAUUUGGGUGCCGAUGACACAGCACCCUCAGCUGCUAUGUGUUUGGCCUUCAGUGCACCAAAGUCCCUUGGGGUAGUCGGCUCCUCCGAUAACACUUUGCAUCCAUUUGCUUUGGAUGCCGGUGGCUUUCGUACCUUGCCUUCUACCAAGAUAACUAACGAGGGUACCAGUCACCUCUGCUUUAGACCAGACCAAAAGAUUCUAGCGGCUGCUUGUUGGGACUCAAAGGUGCGGCUCUUCUCAGCUCGCAGCAUCGACAGCAAAACAGUGUUCCGGCCUUUGGCAGUACUUCCAACCUUGGUGGAAGACAAGAGUGUCAGUUGUGUAACCUUCUCAGAUAAGCCUGUUGAAAGUUUUGGAGGUAAAACCAUUUUGGCUGCUGCAGGCGACGCUUGCUCCAUUCUUUUGUGGGACAUUUACAACUAAAAAAGAAUCGAUCUUACUUUUAUUAGUAACUUUAUUGUACAGGAUUCAUUAUUAAUUUUACAAUUAAGCAUUAAAAACCAUAUUAUUAA